AUGAGGCAAUCAAGCCUGGACCUUGGAACAAACUUGAUCCUACCUGACAUUACCUGGAGCCUCAAGAAUGAGGAAAAAGAGGUAAUAACUGACUUUCUCAGUGAGAGUCCGCAGUACGAAGAUGCCAACCUUCUGCCUGAUCCGAAAUGGGGGAGUGAACCCGAACACCUGGAGUUCUCGUCCCUCGUAACAUUCCAGUUCUUCCUGCAAGAACUACGGCUCAUUCUCGGGGCAGAGUUGGAGAGUCAUCAGUACAACACGUUCGGCAGUUUCCUGACGUUUUAUGAAGCUUUUCUGAAGCAAGCGCAGCCUUUGGAGGAUUUUUAUAAAAGUUACGAACCUACAAUCAUUCCGGAAAGUUUAUCCUGCGUUGGGUUGAGUUGUUCUUUGGUUGAGAUUAUGAAAUCUACUUUCGAAAAUUGUUAUUCUGGGUUGAAAUCUGCUCUAUUCCUUGCCUCCUGUGAGGAAAUGGUUAUGAAUGUUGAUGAGUAUACUAGCUUUUCCCCACCUUCGCAGAUAGGUAGUGUUAAAGAGCAUGUCCUAGUGGUAUUGAAAGUUAUGGUUGAGGGAAGGGAGGGUUUUAUUGUAUUGGAUCCUGGUUAUCAUGUUAACAUUCCCGUUAUUAUCAUGUCAGACGGCAUGUAUCCAAAUACAGGAUGGUUCCUUCUCAGCGAGACUGCAAAAUCAAAAAAAGAGUAUAACUAUUCCAUUGAGGGAAAUUACAUUUUAUGGCAUGUUAAAGAAACAAGAAAUGGAAAGAUUAAUAGUUGGAUAAAUUUAAUAUAUAUUGGGCAAAAAUUUACCAGUUAUAUCACAGUUUCAGAAAAGAGGAAUUUGGUUUUUAAUUUCCGUACCCUUGUUGCUCGAGAUACUAAAAAGCCUGUUGCUGGCAUGUAUUGCAAUUUGGAAGGAGAAGAGAAAUUUACGUUCUUUUUUAAUGAUGAUUCCUACAAUAGGCAGGAAGUAAAGAUUCCGUUUGAGUACUUUCAAGGCGCUAGGGAGAAUAAUGCCUUUGAAAGUGCUAUUGCAUCUUGCGUCAUGCAAUUAGGAUUUAAUGAAGGUCUAAUAUCGGAAAUGAUAGGUCGAGUAAUUGAAGCUUAUUUCAACCCUGAUUUUAUGCCUUUUGUUCGAAUUGUGAAUCAUGACAUAGAUCAAGAGUAAAUUGCACCUGUUGUUUUUCAAUUUUGUUUUUUAAUAAAUUUUUAUUGCAAAUCUA